AUGUCGACAAUCCCAUCGCAAGUUGAAAUAAAUUUCAACAAAAUUCAUCAACGUUCAAAUUCUUCCUCAUCCACAUCUUCAUAUCGUAUCCCAUCUGGAAACAGUUGUAUUCCGAGAACAGUAGAAAUGCCAUCACUACCACCAACGUCAACUCAUCAUCAACAUCAGCAAAUGCCUUCUUCAUCUUCACACGCACAUAUUGCCAAAAAAAUACAUCGAGAAGUUCGAUUUGGUGCAUAUAUACUUGGUUCUACCCUUGGUGAAGGUGAAUUUGGUAAAGUUAAACUUGGUUGGAGAAAAGAUGGUAAACAUCCCAGCCAAGUUGCCAUUAAAUUAAUUAAACGAUCGACAAUAACAAAAGAUUCCGAUUCGGAAAUCAAAAUCCACCGAGAGAUAAACUCGCUUAAACUAUUAAACCACCCAAAUAUCGUCAAUUUAGUUGAAGUGAUGAAAAGUGGUAAAUAUAUUGGUAUAGUAUUGGAAUAUGCAUCUGGUGGUGAGUUGUUUGAUUAUAUUUUGCAACACAAGUAUUUGAAAGAAAACGUUGCCAAAAAAUUGUUUGCUCAAUUGGUAAGUGGAGUUGAUUACAUGCAUGCCAAGGGAUUGAUUCAUCGAGAUUUAAAAUUGGAAAAUUUAUUAUUAGAUAAGCAUAGAAAUGUCAUUAUUAGUGACUUUGGUUUUGUAAAUUCAUAUAAUCGCGAUAAAAACGAUUUGAUGAAAACCAGUUGUGGGUCCCCCUGUUAUGCUGCACCCGAAUUGGUGUUAUCACAAACUGCAUACGAAGGAAGAAAAGUGGAUAUCUGGUCAUUGGGGGUAAUAUUAUAUGCCAUGUUGGCAGGUUAUUUACCAUUUGAUGACGAUCCAGAAAAUGAAGAUGGUUCUGAUAUUAUCAAAUUAUACCAUUAUAUUUGUAAGACUCCAUUGACAUUCCCAGAAUAUGUUUCCCCCUUAGCUCGUGAUUUGUUGAGAAAAAUAAUUGUUUCUGAUCCAAAAAAGAGAAUUAGCAUUGAUGAUAUUAGAAAUCAUCCAUGGUUGAGCUCCCAUGCCAAUUUGUUAUCAAUUAGACAACCAGAAUGGGAUAAAGUUCACAGUGAAAAACAACAACCUAUUGCCGUUGAACCACCACAGCCAAAUAAGAGAUACUCAAUGAUCAAUGAACGUACCAAUUCAUCGUCAUUGAUGUCACCAGCACCAAGAGUUACUCAUACCCAACCACUUUCAUCGCAUGCAAGAUCAUAUUCUUCUACAAGUAUUAGUUUAUUGUAUUCAUCUCCAUCAGCCACGCCAUCAAUGGCUAAUGCUGUCACCAAUGGUGAAGGAGCAACAACAACAACAACCAAUGGAUCGAUAAAUGAGUCUAAUGAUACUUUGCAAUUAUCUGGAACACCAUCACCAAAGAAACCAAGCACUGUAUCUCCUGUACGUGGUCAUCAAAAAUCAGCUUCAAUAUCGAAUUCAUACUCUUCAGCUAGUAUUGCAUUGAAAGCAGUCGUUCAUGAGGAAAAUAGACUUCACAAUCAUCAACAACUGCAACAGUACAUACCGAGAUCAUCGACAAUAUCUACAAUUGUGGAAAGUCCUACUAAAGCUAACACGGCAACAGAAACAGAGACAACAGAUGGUCACAAAAUAUUAUUGCCACCACCAAGUAAAGAUGCACAAAAAUUGCCUCAUGCCGCAAAGAAGCCAAGACCAACUUCAUAUCACCCAUCUUCAAUGUCUUCUGCUUUAAUACACAACAACCAAAAUCCUACUGAUGUCCUUAAGAUGCCUAGUCCAAUAAACUUCCCAAUGACGCAGUUUAUUUCCACUUCACCACCUAAAUCAAAUGGGUCAUUAAAUGAUUCUGGCAACUUUACUAAUUGUUCACCAAAGGCAACUUCAAGAAGAAACUCUGUUGUUACUCAUGUUCACGUUAAUGGCGUGUUGAGUAAAGAGAAUUUGAUUCAUUCUUCUUCUUCCCCUGACAAUAAAAGAAAUUCAGUGUUGAGUUAUUUAGAGGAUAAAAUUGACACUUUAGAAUUAACAGAAAGUCAUUCGCCUUCGAAAAAUACUUUUGAAGAAAUUGUUGAUGCAGCUAUUGCCACUCCAGAAAUCAAUCAAGUACCUGUUUUCGAUUCACAAACUUCACCAAAUGGAAUUGGUUUGGAUAUCAAGCAUAAAGAAUUUGACGAAACUAGUUUAGUAGUAGAGAAGAAAUCCAAGGAAACUGUUUCUGAUAGCAAGAGUGAAGAACUGACUAAGGAGACCCAACAGCAGGAAAAUGUUGUUAUGUAUGAACCUAUUGUCCCCGUUGAAGAAUACAUUAAGAAACCAGAAGAAGUAAAUUCUGUUGAAGCUAAACAACCAGAAGAAGUUAAAUCUGAAGAUAAGAGUCUACAAGGACAGAAAUCACAACAACAACAGCAACAACCGGAAAAACAUUCAGCAGAUAUUGGCAAGACUAAAGUGGAUUUGAAGAAGUCAGCUUCACAGAAGAAAAAAGUAAAGGAAGAAUCCAUAAAGAAACAAAAAGAUGUUGAUUCCAAACCAAUAGAGAGAAGACACACAAUUGCUGCCAGAAGACAUCACAACGAUGAAAAUAAAGAAAAUAAAGAUGUGAAAAAGCGUAAUAGAUUUAGUUUAUUAUCAUUCUACAGUUCAUACAAUUCAUCAAACUCAAAUGUUUCACUUGCAACUAGCAAAGUACCUUCCAAUUCUGAAAAUAAUACCACAGUGUUGAAACCAACAAGUAUGAACACAACUAGAAAAGUAUUGGAACCUUCGAAUGAAACUAAUAUAAUGAGAAAGGAGACCAAACAAACAAAUUCAAAUGGCUCAACAACAUCAAAAUCAACAACAUCUUCGUCAUCCUCAUCUGCUCCAGCAGCUUCUUCCUCCUCAUCGUCAUCAACAUCAAAACGAGCAUCUACUGCGACUAAAGAAACAAGUGCAGCCAGGAAAGUAAUGGACUUUUUCAAAAGAAGAAGUGUCAGAGUUGGUUAA